CCUGUAUGUAGGCUAAACAGUAAUCAACCAUAAAUAUUUAUUUAAACAAUCACUUUUUCAUUUCUUAUCAAAGUGGAUUACAAAAUCUCUCCUUUUGGAGAAAAAUUUAGACAAAGUAAUGGAUUAUCUUAAUUUACGAUCUGUCACAGAUUCAAGAAAAUUAUUUACAGGCAGUUCUAUUUUCCAUCCUGAUUCAUAUAUUGCAAAUAAACGCAAAAAUGCUCCAGUCUAUGGGGGAAAUUACCAGAGACCGAUUGAUUUAAUGAAUUUACGACACAGUCCUACAGACGGCAAUCUACACUUAUCCACUAAUCAUAAUCAUAAUCAUAAUUACAAUAGUCAUCACAAUACCUCCUGUUUGUCUAACAUUAACUCUAAUAACAAUAACAAUAAUAGUUGUAAUCAUAUAAUUAAUAACAGUAAUAAUAAUACUAAUAAUUCUCAACCUCUUUCACCAUUAUCAUUUAGUUUAUCAAGUCAUCAAAGACAAUCAUUUAAACAAGCAACUUAUCAACAAGAUAUGAAUAAUUCCUUGACUGAUCUUUGCUCAGCAUGUUCUUCACUAUCUGAUUUUACAACAAAUGGUGGUAAUAAUUAUUUAUGUCAAAAUAAUAAUACUAAUAAUACAUGUCCAUCAUCAUCCUGUAAUGGAAGAACAUCACCAGGAACAAAUUGGUUCACCAGUGGUUCAAGUGGAAAAGCCGGCAGUACAUGUACUAGCAGACAUCGUAAUCUACCAUCGUUACCAAAUUUAAAUGAACAUCAACAGCAGCACACCAGAACGCUGACACCAUCUCAGAUGAGCAUGCCUACAGUGGCAUGGAGAGUGAAAGAUGCUAAAGAGCAUUAUUAUGAUAAAAAGUUGCUGCGUUUAAUUGAACAGCUGCCUAGAGAAAGACAAAAUUCCAUUGGUUUAAUACUUUUAGCAAUGGAUGUUAAGCUGAUUAAUCGGAAUUCAAUUAAACCGAACAAUAAUAAAAGUAAUAAUAAUAAUAACUUUAAUUCUGAUGAUAAUGAUAUCUACUGUGGUGGUUUGGAAUAUCGUUUACGUGAAGCUCUUGAAUUAGUACAGCCUAAGAAACCAGCUCAAAAUAAUCAUGAAACAAAUUUAUGCACUACUGAAUUCAGUAAUAAAUCAUUUCCGAAUAAAAUUGUUGAUGUUAGAACUCGAAAAAAUUUGAAUGAGACUACAAAUCACUCCGUUAAUCAACAACGUAAAGACGAGUCUCCAGUGAAAGAAGACGGUCGUGAAUCAGGCAUUGAUCCGGAUACAAUGGAUGAAGUAUCAACACCAAUACUAGGGAAUUCAUUAAGCUUGAACGAUAUGAAAUACACAAAUGGAAGCAGUAAUAACAAUAAUGCUAGCAAAAGUAAUACACUUACUGAGGAGAUAAACAAGCCAAAUGUAAUUACUGUACUACGACGUUUAGCACGAUGUUUAGCUAUUCGUAUAGCGAAUAAACGGCAUAAUUUGGCAUCAGCUAAUCAACAUGUUGCUAGAAAUUCUAUUGAAGAGAAACUUCUACGCUAUCGAUUAAGUGAAUUAAACAUGGACAGUGGUUAUUCCGACGGUCUGAUGAAUAGUUGGAAUUCAUUAAAUUCAACUGAACCAAAUCGUGGUACAAUUGUAAAUCGUUUCGACCGUUGGCAUAAUAAUACAAUAGCUGUUAUACAAUUACUGUGUCAGUUAGCACGACGUCUAGCAACACUGGAUGCACAAUUGUAUCAUUGUAGUAAGCAUACAUAUCAAGACAGUGUAAUGCUGUUGUGCAAUCAGGAGGUGAAUCAAUCGCCUUUAUUUUCAUCGGUUACUAAUAUUACUGGUCUAAGUGUUCCUUCGCCUGUUCUUUCAUCAUCUUUACCACAUGAAAUUUUCCAUGAAUUUGAUAAAACAAAUGGAAGCAAUAAAAAUGAAAAAAUCCAACUAUUGGAACAACAAAGACAAUUGAUUACACAAAUCAAAGAGGCACAAUCCCUGAGAGCUGAACUAGAAACCUGUCGACGACGUCUACUAGAAAGUAUACCGCCAAAUUUAAAAUGUGAUCUAACGCAUACAAUUUUAGGCAAGCUAGGCAGAGAUUUUAAUGAUGAAAGCAAUGGUAAAUUAUCAGGGGACAAUAACAUUACUAGUACUGAUAAUAACAUUAAUAACCAUUCAACCAGCUUAUAUAAUAGUAAUGAGAAUACAUCGAAUGAUUUACCUGAAUCACCUUCAACAGUCUCUCCAAACCGACAACAAUCUAGUGGUGAUAAUAAGAUUGAUAUGCAUAGUAGAACAUUAAAAAUUACUUAUGAUAAUAAUAAUAAUAGUAAUAACAAUAAUGACGAUGAAGGCAGUUUACAUAGUCAAGAGAGAAGUUUAACAAUGACACCAACGACAACAACAUCACAAUUUCUUAGACAACGUGUUGCAGAACAUUUAAUUGAAUUUUUAAAUUGGUUUGUACUUUCACAAAUAUUUGAAACAGAAAUUAAAGUGGAUCAAGACCUGUGGGAAAGUAUACAAGAUGAAUUAAGACUGGAGUUAUCUUAUUAGGCUUAACAAUCAAUGAUUUCUUCCCAUCGGCACUUUCUUUCCCAUUCACCAAUUUACUCAAUCAAUCAAUUGAUCAAUAAAUGAAUCAAUGAAUCCAUCAGUCACUCAUCCAGUCACUUUUUCCACUAACUAACUAACUACCUAACUGCCUCAUUUGUAAAUUUGAAAAUGAAAAACAUCCUUAAAAAACGAAUAAACAAAUGUGCAUACCCUCUAUCAAACGACUGAGAAGCAUUCAAACAGUAAAAACAUCUAUCUCUCUGAGUAAUAUGCAUUACAUGUGAUAUUGAGAAUAAAUAGUAACAAUAAGCACUAGAGUUUUCAUUUCCUCCCUUCGCUGGUUUCACUUUUUCUCCUUUUUGUGUGUAUUUACUUCCAAUAAAUCUCUGCUGAUAUCAUCAUUUCUUUUCCCUUUUUUUCGUAAAUUUUCAAACUGAUUACUGCUCAUAAUCAGUCAACAAAGAUGUCGAUUUCCUUAACACACAUCACUUUGUUAAAUCAUCACUAUUAUGCAGGCGUACGUACGUAUGUGUGUGUGUGCCUGUGUGAGGGCACGGUAACAUGUAACAUGCACCACGGGACUGAAAAUAGUCUACUCACUAAUACGCUCACACUGACUACCUGUCCUACCGUCUCAUCGAUUCCAUUUUGUAUACCGUCUGUUUAUUCCGUUUUUCCUCUUGAUUGAAUGUUUUUUUAGAAAAAAAUUAUUAUUUAAUAGCUUAUGAGCGUGUGCGCGCGCGGUUUCAUUCACUAUUUUCGUCCUUGUUUUUGUUUUCGCCCAUUUUCCUCGCCUCCAUCAUCAUUUCAUCGGAUGAGUAGAUUAAUAUAUAUUCACUGUGCUGUUACAGUUGCUGCUUUUCGUAUUUAUUUUGUUUGUUUUUUUAAUUCUCUAAUUAUUUUCUAUCCUUUUUGACUUGACUUUAAUUCCCCACUUUUUAUGUCUGGAAAUAAUUUACUUGUAAAACUUAUUCAUCUUGUCCCAUAUAAUAAAUAUAUCCAUUGAUGCUGCCUGUUGUCAAGAUGGUCCAUACAAAAAAAAAUAUCCUGUAUUAUUACGUCACCAUCAUUCAAUCACAUGGUGGUUUAGUAAGCAAAAAUUAUCCUGACAAUUUCAGCUUAUUAUUAUUGAAAAGAUUAUAAAAUAUUAUAAUCAAUGAUAUUAUUAUUAUUACUAUUAUUAUUAUUAUGAUUAUCAUUCUUUAUCUAAAUAACAGAGUGACCUUUCUUUCUCAGAUGUGAAGAAAAUUAGACAUAAAUUCAAUAAAAAAAUAAAUAAA